AUCAGCUGAUGAUCGUCAACAUGUCAAACUUUAUGGUUACCUUCUUAUCUACGAAUAUUAGUAUCUGGUAAUUGUUUACUUUUUAUUGCAUUUGUUCUUUAUAUUAAUAUAUAUUGUAUGACUAAUCCACUAUCAAUUCGCAAUUACUAUCACUUUUAUUAAUUUAGCGAUGAAUUUGAACAACGUAUGGUUAGUUUUUAAACAAAAUAUUUUGAGCUAGUGAUUGAUAAAAACGCUAUUCUUUGUACUUAUGAAGUCAAAUAAACCAUGUUUAUAAAACCGCAAGAAGUGCUUAUUGCUAACGCGUUUUGGGAAACUGAAAGAAAUUCUUUAUACUUCAUUUUACAACAUAGGAAAGGUCAUGGCAACUUUAAAGGUUUAUCGUCACUUCUUGUGGGAACUAUGGACAGUAUUUUUGAUACCAAACCUGCUCCAUAUCGGAUUCUACAUCAAACGCCAUCCUCAGAAGUAUAUCAGUUAAUAGCGUGUGCAAUGACUAAGCAGGAGAUUAUAGAUGACUGGGAAUGGCUUUUCACUCAUGUAUCAGAAACUUUACAUUCUUUCGACAAUGAAGAAGAUAUAACUGACUUUGUAAUUUGUAAAAUUGAGUCGGUUAUUGCAACAAGACAAAAUUGUGAGAUAGAAGAUGAGGAUACGAAAUCAUUCAAACUCACAACUGAGAAGUUUCAUAGGCUAUUCAAAUUACCAAGAGAUGAAAAAUUGGUCAACUACUAUUCUUGCAGUUAUUGGAAAGGAAAGCUUCCUCGUCAAGGUUGGAUGUACCUUUCCAUCAACUAUUGCUGUUUUUACGCUUUUAUCUUGGGUUUGGAUACAAAAGUGUGUGUUAGAUGGUCAGAAGUAACGAGUCUAGAUAAGAAAAAUGGGGUUAUACUUCCAGAUUCGAUACAACUUUGUACUAGAGAAAAAGAAUACAAUUUUAGUAUGUUUUUGAGUAGAAAUGAAACAUUCGCCCUAAUGGAACAACUAGUAGAUUUAGCAAUAAAAAGGUUAAUUGAUGACAAAAGGAGUUAUAGUGAAGAUAGAGAACUACUGAACAAAUUGAGCAAAAAUGUACCUAAGAAAGCAUCAUUUUUAAAAAGAGAUCUAGAUGCUAGGGCACAAUCAGAGGCCUAUAGAUUGAUGUUCAGACUUCCAUCUUUGGAAAAACUAGACGGAUCUAUAGAUUGCACUCUUUUCACACCUUACAACAAAAGGCACGUCAGCGGAAGGCUAUUUUUGUCACAGAAUUUCAUUUGCUUUGAAAGUAGGGUGAAGGCUCAAGUAAGUUUGGUAAUACCAUUGAGAGAUGUUUCAGUAACGGAAAAAAUCGAAACGAAUUCUUCAAAUCAACCAUUAGAUAAAGCAAUAAUUGUUACAACUGGUGACGUACUUAAUAAAACAAAUUUCAUUUUUGCUCAAAUUUUAGACAGAGAUUUUGUCGUGGAAAAGAUAGCUGAACUUUUGGCUAAAACAAAAGAGCCCAAGAGGACAAACUCGAACGAAAUCGUAAACGACCUCAAAGCUUACACUAACUGGAAAUGUCAGUAUGCGUUGAUGAGAACGUUUCCUUUGAGUCCCAUUCCCGAUAUCUAUAGGAAACAGGAACAGAGAGCUAGAGAUUGGGAAGAGCAUUUUAAUAUAUAUGGACGUGGUGUAUCUAUGUAUAGAACGACAGAGGUCGCUACGUUAGUUUUACAAGGAGUACCUGAUCAUCUUAGGAUGGAGAUCUGGAUGUCUUUUUCAGGGGCCGCACAUGAGAAAGCUUCACAUCCAGGUUAUUAUCAAAAAAUAGCAAGUACAGCUCUACUGCUGCAGUCGACGUCUAAUGAUGAAAUAGAAAGAGAUCUUCACCGAUCUCUACCAGAACAUCCGGCUUUCCAAAAUCCAAUUGGUAUAGAUGCCUUACGGAGAGUCCUCUGUGCUUAUGCUUACCAUAAUCCGAGCAUAGGUUACUGUCAAGCUAUGAAUAUUGUUGCUUCUGUUCUAUUGAUAUAUUGUAGCGAAGAAGAAGCAUUUUGGUUGUUGGCAACUUUGUGUGAAAAUCUUUUACCGGAUUAUUAUAAUACUAGAGUAGUAGGUGCUGUUGUGGAUCAAGGAAUAUUGGAUGAACUUAUUCUAGAACAUUUACCAAGCCUUCAUGACAAGCUAAAUCAAUUGGGUAUGAUAAAUAUGAUAUCUUUGUCGUGGUUUUUGACAAUAUUUUUAUGUGUGAUGCCUUACGAGAGUGCCGUUAACGUUAUGGAUUGUUUUUUCUAUGACGGAACCAAAGUUAUUUUCCAAGUAGCUCUUAUGUUACUAGAUUGGAACCAAGAGAGGCUUCUAGCAUGUAGAGAUGAAGGGGAAGCUAUGCAAUUGUUGUCAGAAUAUUUAAUGGGUGUUUUUAACGACGAGGGACGAGGAGCCAUUAGAAAUAAAAGUUAUGAUGAACAAAAAAGGAGUAUAUCUAUUCAGGCAUUAAUAUACGAGGCAUAUCGAAAAUAUGGAUUCCUAACAACGGGUCAGAUAGAAAGGUUACGUUUGAAACAUAGAUUAAGAGUCGUACAAGAAUUAGAAGAUAAUUGUGAAAGGAAUAUAUUGAGAUGCGUAUCUGCGGAUGGUUUCUUCACACAGGAAGAACUACAAGAUCUUUUAUCAAUAGUAAGAGAAGAAAUUAUCAGUCAGAAGAAAUGUAUUCCAGAUAAACACGAUCCUUCGAUGCAGCCAUAUGAAGCCUACAAAGUAGAUUUUGAUUUUUUCAAAAUUCUUUUCGCAGCUCUAUCCCCCUGGGGAAGAGCAGAGACAGCAGAAUGCUUGGCUGCUAGAAUAUUUACAUUAAUGGACCAAAACCAAGACAGUUACCUCAGUUUUCGAGAAUUAGUUGCAGCUUUAGGUCUAACCUGUACAGCGGAUCCUACUCAAAGACUUAAAUUAUUAUACGCCAUUCAUCUACCUCCUAUUUUAAAUAUGUCCGAUAUCGAAUCUCCAGUCAAAAAUGAAUGUGGUACUGAAGUAGCUGCAGAAGCAACGGAUUUUUUUACAAACGUACAACAGAGUGUUAGUGUGGAUAUUUUGUAUUCGAGUGAACCCACAACGCCCAGUACUUCAAACUAUCAAAGGCAAAAAUCUUAUGAUACCCAAGUGUCAACUGACUCUUCUUCGUUGGGUACAGGAGAUACGAAUUGGGAAACGAAAAGUUUGACAAAUCUGAGGCAUCUGGUUCAAUCUAAGGAAGGUAAAAUAAAUAUAAAAUCAGUACCUAAAAUGUCUCAACCCAGAUUUAUAACCAUGUGGAAAUCGGUGUACGAUAUCUUACAAACGGAACCAGACGAUUUGGAAGUGUAUCAAGCGAUGACUAAUACUGUAACGUUGUUAUUUGAGCUUGGGGACGUGGGUAAACAAUUUUUCGCGAGUAGGGAUGAAUCUGACGAUAGCUUAGCUUCAGUUGCUAAUGCAGCAUUAGCCGAAACCGACGUUGGAACACUUUCGCCAGAUAAAAACGGAAAUCCUUUGACACCAAAAACAGAACCCUAUUGGCAUAUUACCGUCGAACAGUUUUUAGCCUCCAUCCUAAACUCUCAACCGUUAGUUGACUUUUUCUCCAAAAGAAACCCAAUAAGCGAGAAGAUUCAACAACUGAAAUCUAGAAAAUAUUAUCACAUGAAUUCGUAUUCUUUAUACGAUGUGGCUGCUUUGAGAGUCUGAUAUGUGCUAUAAUUUGUUAAUAUAAUUAAAUUGUUGAAACAUCGCUCAAAAUAUUUAAAUAUUGAGUGUUUGUUUGAAAAUAAGUUUGUGAUAGAUUUUUUAUAUAUGCUAAUUGCAAAGCUUAAUAACAAUAUUUUUUCUACUCACACGAUAUAGUUUGAACAACUCAAAUGUGAACUCUAUUGAGUUGUUACAGAGUUUUAUAGAAAAAUCUUUCUUAUAAAUUUGGCUUUCGGCAACAGUCUUAACAAAGUAUUCACAGUAAAAAAAUAUAGUUCAUGGAAACUGGUUUUUGCUUCAUUAAAUGAACUCAUACAAACAAUUAAGGGCAUAAGAAAAUUAAAAUGUGUAAUAAGUUAAUGUCCUACUUUAAGACAAAAAUAAUUGUAGUUAGAUCCAGUUUAUUACUUUCAGGUUUAGAAAAUUGAGAUGGAUCACUAAUUUUAAUAUUGUUAUAUACUGAACUAUUUAGAUCAUUUUUUAUUUUUUUAUAUUUAUUUUUCUACUGUUCUAAUAUUUGUUUUCGUCACGUUCAUAGUAGAUUCCUGCUCCAUUUUUUUUUCUAUCUCACUAAAUCUAAUUCCCAUUACAUUUCAAUAAUGAUUUAUUAAAGUCUCAAUUCAGGUAACUAAGUAUAGUGUAUAUUAUUAUAUUUCAAAUUGUAUUAUUUCGAUAAUUUUUUCAUUUUUUGUAUAUAAUUAUAAUUCAAGUUUUGGUAUAUUCCUAUCUCAUUUAGCUCUAUGAAACUUAAAUAAAAUUUGGGGCAAACCAUAGAAUUUUCAUAUUUCAGUAAUAAUCCUAUAGUCUCAGACCUACUACUCUAAUAUUUGUUUCCGUUGCUGUUUUCUUUCUAGUACAUUCUCCUGUUUCUAUAUCAAAAGAUAUUAAUUCGAAAAAUACAUCUCAUCUUUUGAUAUCCCGUUUUAGGAAACAUAGUAAAGUAGUAAACCCCAUAGUAUUAUUUAUAUAGUAGAAAGUGGACACUGAUAGAUUUAGUAAUUUUUAUAGUGUUUAAACUGUACUAUUUUGAUAAUUUCGUGUAUUUUUUUCACCACUUCAAUUUCUUUAUCAAACUUCAAUAGAAUAUGGGAAAACUACAAGAUUUUAAUUUCAAUUAAAAUCACUUAAUGUCCCACUUAUAUAAAAUGUAGUGAGAUACAUAAAAGGACAAAGACUCAACUGGGCUGGGCAUAUAAUAAGAAGAAAACCAACCGAAAUUAUCAAAAAAAUAACGCAAUGGACUGGACUGGAAAAAUGAAAUAGAGGAGGACAUAAGAGCACAUAAUAUAGAGAACAAAAUAUAGGAACCGAGAGGAUUGGAAAAUAAUAACAAAAGCAGUCAAGACCAACGAUAAACUAUAAAGAAAACAAAAAUAGAAAACAAGGAGUAAUACACCUCAAAAAAGGAUUCUAAUCCAAAGGAUUGAAAGGCUUGAUGAUGAUUAUGAAUGUCCCACUUUAGGAAACAGCGAACUUUCAACACGUUCCAGAUCACUAUCGCUAGGUAGCAGUAGCACUAAUCGCUACGUCCGCUGAAUGUGACCUUUGUUUUCAUCACUAUUAUCAAACAUCAAUAGAAUAUGGUGAAACUCAUCGUAUCACCUGGAUACAUAUUGAUUACAUUAAUUUUAAUAUUGUUUAAAUUGUACCAUCUAUAAAUUAGAAGAAAUUGUUUCAACACAUUUAUAAAAAUGAUUAUACAUUAGUUAUAUCUUCAAUUAUUAAACGUCAUUAAUUAAUACCUUUAUUAACGAAUAUGUAUGUCAAGUUUAUAUAAUUUAUCCACAUAUAUGAAUCAGUAUUUAAAUGAAUGUAUAAAAUAUUUAAUUUUCAUUAACUUACCUAUUUUAGCGAAAUGAACAUGGAAUUUUGGAAGGAGCAAAAGAAAGUUGAGGGUAAACAAUACUGACCACUACCUAGAUUAGUUUAAAGCCAAAUUAUUUCGAAAAAUUAUAUAAGAAACAAAUUUCUGUAUGUUGAAUAUCUGUAGCUGUCGUUACUUUUGUCAGUUUAUAAUAAAUUAGAAACUCAAUAAAAUUGUCAGUAUAAUAAAUUUAGUUUAACAAGCGUUUGUGUGUAGUAGUAAACAAGCAGCUAAAAUUUUUCAAAAUAUUUAGACAUUUAUAAAUCAAAUAUCGUGCAAUAAUCUUUAUAAUUUUUAAGGUAACAAAAAAUCGUGAGUGUUCGUGUUACUAAUUCAACCUCAUGUAUAUGUGUGGGUUACAUUUUUAUCUUAAAAAUUCAUCCAAAAAACAAAUAAUCUCAUGUAAUAAUCUUUGGUAUGCACGAGGCCCCGGUAAGGCAACGCGAGCGUCAUCUAUUGAGCAGACAUGACGACAAGGCAUCGGCCUGUUGUUAAUGCGUUUCAAAGAGAAAGGACAUUGCAAGUGAUUAUUGUAUAUAGUGAGAAAUUAAUUCAUCAUGACUGUGAGCGCUAUCAGUGUGGUUGUGACCCGUUUGAGCUGCGAUACGAAGUGACCGAAUUAGACAGACUGGAUUACCUAGUUUUCCGCACGAACCUUUUAUUUCCUCCUCGUGUGAAAGUGCUGCCAGGGGAACGUGUGAUAGUGUAUGUGGCACCAUAGUGUUUUUAUUUCCUCCAAUUCGUCUGGAAUCAAGAUUUAACUUUUCUUCUCACUUUCAUUGCUUUCAAUUCUCCUAAAUCAUUCAGUCUCAUUAUUUCCUGUGCGGGAAACCCAAUAUGGCCGACUCCCAGUCGUGUUAUCUAACCGCUAGAUGUCGCUCGCGUCACAGGGGCAAAAAUUGCAACUCGCAUGACUCGUGAACUCCAAGAAUAUUGAUGAACUUAUUCUGAGAAUACUUUCCGCUACCUCUACACUAUUACUAACAAUUACAAUACUUUGUGUGUGUUUCGAAUAUCAACUUAUCGUUUUCGGAGACCGAAAAUAACAUUAUUCGGUAUCUGUAAAUGAAAAUUUAAGUUACUGUUUGAACUUUUGGAGAACAAACCUAAUGAAUAUUGGAAAUAAUAGUGUUGCUUAUGUGGUUGAUAUGUGGAUGGUACCAUUAGUAACUCGGUUUCAACUUUUUACAGGGUUGAGAAUUGAGUUGAUUAUAAUUUGUUAAUAUCCAUGAAACUCAUGAUUUUUAGUGUAUACAAAUUUUAUCCAACUCUUAUUAUAUUCCCUUACGUGAGAUUUGAUAUAAUCUUUCGCAAAUAUUUUUUUUAUAAAUUGUAAUAUAUUGUCAAUAAUU